AUGACAAGUUUAGUGCAAAAUUUAACCAACCUUGAAGAGCUUGCGUUGAUUGAUAUCAACAUAUCUUCCACUGUACCUGAAAGCCUGGCAAAUUUAUCUUCUUUAAAGAGUCUAGGUCUGAUUGGAGGUGGACUGUACGGGCGAUUCCCAACCAGAAUUUUUCAGCUACCACACUUACAGGAUCUAAAUGUAGGAGGCAAUGAAAAUCUCACUGGUCAUUUGCCAAAAUUUCACACAAACUCUCCUCUCAAGUAUUUAUUUCUUAGCGGCACAAAAUUCUCUGGUGAUCUACCUGCUUCAAUUGGAAACCUUAAUUCCUUAAUUGAAUUCCAAAUUUCAAAUUGUAAUUUUUCAGGAACCAUCCCAAAUUCUUUCAGUAACCUUACCCAACUCACUUGGCUAGACCUUUCACAAAACUCAUUCAACGAUUUGUCAUGGUUCACCAGACCUAGUUCAAACGACAUUCUUCCACAUUUUGAAUAUUUACAAUUGGCUGAUCUCAUCUUAACAAAGUUUCCAGUUAUAUUACGAAACCAAAGUAGAUUGCGGCAGCUAGAUCUAGAAGGCAACAAUCUUCAAGGCUUGAUACCCAAAUGGAUGUAUAAUGUAAGUAAAGAAUCUCUUCAAGAUCUCUCACUUUCUAACAACGUCUUUCUCACUGGCUUUGAAAAUUCUCCAGCAGUUAUCCCAUGGCCAAAUCUAGAAAAUUUAUAUCUUGACAAUAACAUGAUGCAUGGAUCGCUCCCAAUUCCACCACCAUCCCUAAGGUAUUUUUUGGUCAGCAAUAAUUCAUUCAUCGGAGGGAUUUCACCAUUUAUUUGCAAUGCGAGUUCACUGGAAGUGCUUGACUUGUCAUAUAACUAUUUGAGUGGCAUGAUUCAUCCAUGUUUUGGCAACUUGAGUCAAUCUUUGUCAACGCUAAUACUACGAAGCAACAACUUCGGCGGCACUAUCCCGAAAACAUGGGCAAAAGGAUGCCUCCUAAGGAUGCUGGACUUACGUCAAAACCAUUUACAGGGUCAUUUGCCAAUAUCUUUGGCCAACUGUACUGAGCUUGAGUAUCUUCAUGUUGGCCGCAAUCAAAUCAAUGAUACAUCUCCCUUUUGGUUGGGAACUCUUCAACAGUUGAAGAUUCUUGUUCUCCAUUUUAAUUCAUUCCACGGUGCAAUAAGGAGUUCUGAAACAAAUUGCACAUUCCCCAACUUGCGUAUCAUUGACCUCUCUCACAACCAUUUCUCUGGAAAUUUGCCUACGGGAUACUUCACACAAUGGGAUGCCAUGAAAUCCAAUGGUGUAAAGUGUUGA